ACUCUCUACACCAUCAUUUUCGACAUUUUGCGAAUAUUCAACCGCAACACCAACAGCCACAAUGGAUCCUUUAGAGAGCAUGUCCACCGGGGGCCCCCUGCCCAAGAACUUUGACGCCGAAAAUGCGAGCAACAUGGAGGAUAUGGAGAAGCAAUUCGCAGUCAAGGUCGUUCAGCACAUGGCCACCUACUGGGCCAUUCUCGAAAAGGUCAAGGGCUCAAGUCUGCGACUCACCAAGAUCGACGACGAAAUCUACGAGCACCUCAAGGAGGCCUUCCCCGAGUUCGACCCCGCCGCCACAAUCGACGAGGACGAGAUGAAGAGCAAGACCGGCAAGGAGAGGUGGCGCGCCUUCAUGAUGAAGUACGAGAAGACGGUGGACGACUUCAACUUUGGCACCAUGGUGCGCAACAAUGCCAAGGCAGAAUACGAGCAGGACUCAACCAUCUUUGUCCCCCGCAUGCAGUUCUAUGCUGUUGAAAUUGCCCGAAACCGAAAUGGCCUGAACGACUGGAUAUAUGAAAAGGCACAGGAAGAGAAGAACAAGUCCAACUAAAUACCCCUUAUACAUAGACGAAGUCAAGAAAAAGUCAAUUCUGUUUAUACCGCGUGCCUUUUAUUCGCUACAACGUUGAAAGUUUGGCCGGGAUGGCCUAGAUAUAGUCUGGGUACGCAACAUGGCCUUUAGCUGCCAUUCUAUCUAAUGAGAAGGUAGAAGAAAUGGGUUAAUAGAUGCCCACUAGUUUUUAUAACCAUGUGUGGACAUGAGUACUCUUGCUCUUGUUUAAUGUAUGAUGUCGC